GAAUGUUAUUUUUUCUCCUAGGCACAAGUCUUCACAAUGCGGCAUUUGGCUCUAUUACUUUGGAUGUCAAGCAUUGCGACUCUGAUAAAUGGUCAAGGUGUUUCACAGCAACAACCUGCCCCUCCUAGAAUUGUAGAUUUCUUGGAUCGGGAUUUGAUAAAGCCAGAAGAAGUUAAGUCUGGCAAAAAGUUUGAUGCUUCUAAGAACUGGGGCUUCAGACUCCCAUGUGAUGCACAGGGUGAAAACCCACUAAAGUGGAGUUGGAAGUAUAAUGGAACUGAAAUUACUUUUCCAAGUGCCAAGUUCACACUUGGUGCCGAUGGUUCAUUAACUGGAAGUUACCUGGAAGCUGAGAAUAGUGGAAGUUACCAAUGUUUUGUCAACGACGCCACUGCCAACAAAGUAACGUUCAGUAGAAAGGUGCAAGUCGCAGUAACAU